CGCGCCGUUCGUGACCGGUUGUGUCAGUUUUGCUGUUGUUGUUCCUGGUGCUGGAACGUCCCGUUUUGUCCCGGCCGGUUGUGUUUGUGUGUCCGUUUAUUGAGUGAACAUUAUUCAUCCAGUGUGACCGCUUAGCUUGAACGUCCUACCGCACUAAUCAUGGCUUCGACCGUUCCCUUUGUGACGCUCAACAACGGGCAAAAGAUGCCCAUGCUCGGCCUGGGAACUUGGGGUUCUCCUCCGGGUGAGGUCGCCCAGGCGGUGAAGGAUGCGAUCGAUAUCGGCUACCGCCAUAUCGACUGUGCCCACGUGUACCAGAACGAGCACGAGGUGGGCGAAGGCGUGAAGGCCAAAAUCGACGAGGGAGUCGUAAAGCGCGAGGACCUGUUCAUUACCAGCAAGCUGUGGAACACGUUCCACCGGCCGGAUCUGGUCGAGGGUGCAUGCCGUACCACGCUGAAGAACCUCGGGCUGGACUACAUCGACCUGUACCUGAUCCACUGGCCGAUGGCGUACCGCGAGGGACCGGAAUUGUUCCCCCAGGACGAGAACGGCAAGACGGCCUUCUCCGAUGUGGACUACGUGGAUACGUACAAAGCGCUGGAGAAGCUGGUGGAGCUCGGACUGACCAAGAGCAUCGGCAUCUCGAACUGCAACUCCAAGCAGGUGGAGCGUGUACUGGCGGCAGCCACCAUCAAACCCGUUACCAAUCAGAUCGAGUGCCAUCCUUACCUGACACAGUCGAAACUGUCACCGUUCUGUACGGAGCGUGGUAUGAUCGUUACCGCGUACAGUCCGCUCGGAUCGCCGAACCGCCCCUGGGCUAAGCCGGGCGAUGCGCAGCUGAUGGAAGAUCCGAAGAUUGUGGCGCUGGGGGAGAAGUACAACAAAACGCCGGCCCAGAUUCUGAUCCGCUACCAGAUCCAGCGCGGCCACGUAGUUAUCCCGAAGUCGGUGACCAAGUCGCGCAUUGCCUCCAACUUUGAGGUGUUUGAUUUCGAGCUGACAAAGGACGAUGUGGCACAGAUCGAUACAUUCGACUGCAAUGGGCGGUUGGUGCCGAUUACGAGUGCUGCUGGACAUCCGUAUCAUCCGUUCGAAAACGAGGAGUUCUAAUUCCAGCCACCACAGCCUAGCAGACGAAGUCAUCUCUCUGCAAUUUGAUUAUUUGUAUGUAACCAGCACGUAACGGUCCAAUAAAGUAAAUUCGAUUAAUAAUUUCAA